AUGGCUCCAUCGACUUCCAACACUUCACCCACUGCGCUGAAUGCGCUGACAGAUACGGCUGUCGCUCUUCUCCAGCAACUAGAGGCAGUGCUUCUCACUAUCAAUAGUGGCAAAGACACUCCUCAGCAGACUGAAAAUUCCUCCGUCGACGCCUUCCCCCUCGCACGCGACUCUGCCUCCCUGAUCAAGGCCCACUCUACCAAAAUCUCUGUUCUCAUCAUCAACGAGCCGUUCACGCCCUCGGCCAUCAUUAAAGUCCUCCGCGAGCUCGUCAGCGGGCCGAUUCCGGGUAUCGCCACAGCCGCCCAGGCAUGCGACGCAGAGCGCUACACCUCAACUGUUCGACGGGAUCUGUCAUGGAAAUGCUACACUGUGUUGAAGGAACUGAGGAGCCUUGUGGAAAGAAUUCCUAGGGAUGGCAAGAUUCUUUCCACUGCGCAAAAGUCAGGGGCCUCAGGAACUCCGGGCAAGGGCAGCAUGGCCGCGACGGGUGUCAUCUGGUCUGCCUGCGAUGAACUUAUUCAUUUCUCCAACGGCGACAACAUCCGCGACCGCCUCGAGUCCUGCCUGAAGCGUCUCAGGCUGACCACACUUCUCUACCAGGCCAUCAUCAAAAGGCGACUGAAAGCUCUUCCCUCACUACCUGCUGAGAAGUCCGACAUACCCAAGCGGCUUGACGAGGCAAUGCGCACCCUCAGGAAGCUGCCGCAUAUGUUUGAUGAGCUUGCUGGCGCUUUCUAUGAGCUCUCACCUGACGAGAUCGAUCGGGUUAUGAGUCUGUGCUUUAACGAGAUUGUUGCACUUUCGGAACAGCUGAAGGCGCCAUGGGCCGGUGAAACCGACGAGUUUUCCGAGUGGGCAGUCAAGUUCCAAGCUGAGAUCAAAAAGGGCUGA